AUGACGAAAAUUGAAACCACUACCACCACCAACGUUCCUCCUAUGACAUUAUCCGUCCAAAACACGGCUUCCAAUGCCUUCAAGCCUUACACGACAUCUCAUGGCUUGCGCAUUUCUCCCGCUCCUUUGCCUUCUCACAGCACGGAUGUCUCAUUCGGUGCCCUUAUUGAAGGCAUUGACCUGCGCAAGAUGACUGAUGAACAAUUCCAGGAGAUCCGCACCGCACUCUUUGAACAUCAAGUCGUUUGCUUUCCCAACCAACACAGUCUGCCUCCUCAGAAUCAGUACGACAUCACACAUCGGUUUGACCCCGAGAGUUCCACAUACGGCCAUGGGAAUAGUUCCAAUAAGCAAGAAAAUAGCAUUCUCCAUCCCGAUCUUCACACCGUCCCCGCUGUACCACAGGUCCAAUUGAUCGGCCAUGGUGUAAUUCAAAAUCAUUACGGCUUACCUGAAGCUCGUCUCAAGCAUCCUCAUCAUCGUAGCUUCCAUCGUGAUCCCAUUUCAGCCGAAGAAGAACAUAAAAAGCAAGUCACUCGCUUCUAUCGUUGGCAUAUUGAUGCUGCUCUUUACGACUAUAAUCCUCCUGUUGUCACCACGCUUUCUGCCAUUUCAGUCCCUCGGGGCACCCAAACUCUGCGGUACGAUGAUAAAUCAGGCCAUGAAAUGCCCGUUCCCCUUGGUUCAACUGCGUUUGCCUCUGGCUACAAGUUGUUUGAUUUGCUUUCCGACGAGCAAAAGAAAAUCGCCGCCCGCACUCGUGUUCAGUACCUCCCACACGCAUAUGUCGCUAUCCAUAAGGCUCGUGCCUUGCCUAAUGGCCUAAGUAUGUACUCGGAGGACUUGGAACUCCCAAAGGACAAAUUGCCGGAUUGGGAAGAGAGCAAAAUUAAGACUUUUCCUCUUCUUUGGAAGAAUCCCGUUACCGGUAAGCUUGCUCUUCAAACUCAUGGUUGCUGUGCCGAAAAGAUUUACAUUGACAAUCCAGAGGGUUCUACCACCGUCAUCGAUGACCUUGCAAAGGUUCGCGAAAUACUCUACAGUUAUCAACGCCCCGGCAUCAAUCCCGAGCGUGUUUACUGCCAUGACUGGAAAGAGGGUGAUUUCGUAAUUUUCCACAAUCGCGGUCUCAUUCAUUGCAUUACAGGUGCCUAUGAUGAUAGCCAAACACGAGUCUUUCAUCAAUGCAAUUUGGCUGCUUCUCAUCCUCCUGCCGGACCUACCGCUGAAGAAAUUGCUUCCAUAUGA